AUGGGUCUGGUUAACCUUCCAAACGAGUUGAUCCACCGAAUUUUACGGUGUUUAGACUCUGGAUCCAUAAUAGCUUGUACCUCGGUAUGCCGCAGCCUACACGACGUAAUUCGGCAAUCGACAGAGCUCCAGUACUUAUUUGAACUGGGUAUGGAAGGGAUGGUAGACUGCGCUGCGCCAACCAUGCCGUAUCAAGAUCGUCUCAAGGAGCUUAUCGGCCACCGCAAAGCUUGGGCGACCUUGUCCUGGCGCCAAUCUUCUCUCCGUAUACCAGGAGAUAUAGAGGAACCCAACCUGUAUGGGUUCGUAGCAGGAGUUUUCGCGAAACUGCUUGAACACUACAUGUUCGUCACACUGCAUCUGCCCACCAUGCAUGAGUCCAAUAACCGUUGGAUGAAGCGCGGAUUGAGCUUCCCUGCGAAGGAAUUUGUAAUGGACCCCACGCAAGACUUGGUCAUUUUUCUCGAAGAGGAUACAAGGCCAUGGUCAUAUAAUGGACAACGCUCCGUCUGCUUGCACGUCCAAACUUUAUCCACAGGCGACCCUCACCCGCUUGCCCGGAACCCUAUCUUGACCUUCGACAUUCCACCCCACCCCGACGAAUCUGGAAGGAAUGACAUUUGGUUCUCGUCUAUCAAACUCGCAGUGGAUAUCAUCCUCAUGCAAUACAGCGUAUCCAAUGAAGGGGAAGAAGGCGUGCAUUUCCAGUUUUGGAACUGGAAGACCGGUCAUGGUUGGUUGAUAAGUGGGUAUAUUGAAUUUACUUGGUGCUCGUUCAUCUCUCCACGCGCAGUGGUUUUCGCAUCCGCCGGAGAGACAAGUCCGUCAUUGAACGUAUGCACAUUCGAAUACGACCCAGAAACAACGGAAACAACCACGACCCACAAAGCUAACUUACAUCUCCCAGAAGCUGUGUCAGGUUCUUGUUUCGACGUAACUGCCAUUCAAACACCGGCUAUUCUCGACCUCGCCUACGUUCCACCAUCCAAGAUUACAGCCCCGCCUCUGGAGUCCCACAUCAACAUCGUAUCGUUGGCAUUGACUGUGGACGACGAUGAGCACGAGCUUUGCCUCUUCGUACCCAACUCUAUCCUCUUGAAUUACGCCUCAAACCCGCCGGUCGGAGAGGUUCCCUGGAAAGACUGGGGUCAGGGGAGCACACGCCUCAUCGAGAUGAACCGUACAUAUAUGAACUCUUCGUACGCAUCUCGUGUCAUCCGUUCUUCCCUAGACCCCGAUAACCCAACUUCAAUACACAUACUUGACUUUAAUCCACAUCGACGCCAAGAACACAAUUUAUCGACAACUGAUGGAUUGACGCAACGUACAUAUUCCAUUGAGUCGGCGACCUCGCUUGGGUUAUUCAAGGAUGAUGUUUACAACGGCUUGCCCGUAUGGUGUACAACUCGCCCACUAAGUUCGUCCUAUUCAGCAUUGUUCAUUGACGAUGAGAGAAUAGUAGGGGUGAAGGAGGAACCGUCCGACGAAUUGUCGGAUGAUAGUGAUUGCGAAGAUGCUGAUAUUUUAGCAUUUUAG